GUGUCCGGCAGGAAAGGUACUGUUGUUCUUUUCAGCAGUCGGUUUGGCAAAUAGUCGGAAAGAGAUUUGGAUGCCUGCUGUGUUUGACGGUGAAGAGCAUUUAUACCAAGAUGUCGGAAGACUUGGUGAAACAGUUGAGUAGCUACAAAGCCCAGCUACAGCAAGUAGAAGUUGCUUUAUCGACCGACCAAGAAAAUGAAGACCUCCUCAAACUCCAGAAAGACUUACAGGAAGUCAUUGAUUUGACAAAAGACCUCCUGACCUCGCAGCCCACUGAAGGUUCUUCCGGUCCCAACGGCUCAUCCGCCGCAGUCGCGAAGCUCGGCUGGAAAGUGGGCGACAGCUGCAUGGCUGUUUGGAAACGGGACGGACAGGUGUAUGCGGCUGAGAUUGAGGAGAUAGACCGGGAGAACGGCACCGCAGCCGUGACCUUCGCCGGCUACGGAAACGCUGAAGUGAUUCCACUGCAGAACCUCAAAGAGCCGGAGAAUGGGAAGCGCUCCAACGACGACGGGAGUCAAAAGCCCAAAUCAAAAAAAGAGCAGAUAGCAGAGCAAAGAGAGUAUAAGAAGAAAAAAGCCCAGAAGAAGGUUCUCAGGAUGAAGGAACUGGAGCAAGAGAGGGAGGAACAAAAGUCAAAGUGGCAAAUGUUCAACAACAAAGCCUACUCGAAGAACAAGAAAGGACAGGUCAAGAGGAGCAUAUUUGCGUCUCCAGAAAGCGUCAAUGGGAAGGUGGGCGUGGGAACUUGUGGUAUUGCAGACAAGCCGAUGACCGAGUACAACGACACGUCAAAAUACAACGUCAGACAUCUAAUGCCACAGUGACCUGAUCUCUUCCGUGUAUAAUAAUCCACUGUGUACGAGCUGUAUCGGUGCAUUUCCAUUGUGUUUCUACAAAAAUGUAUGUUUCCCCAAGUAAAGAAUGGAAUUGCUUGUG